AUGACACCGCAAAAAGAGAAGAAACAGAGAAAGUCCAUCACGUUGGAAACAAAACUGGACGUCUUGAAAUGUCUGUCAGGCGGUCAGUCUAUCGCUGCCGUCAGCAGAACGUUCCAGUUGCACGAGUCAACUGUCCGUACAAUAAAGAAAAACGAAGGGUUAAUCCAGAAAGCUGUGAUGAACAGCGCUGAGCAUCAUGCCAAACGGUCUUCAUACGUUCGCGAUGAGGCUAUGUGCAAGAUGGAGCGGGCGUUGCUAAUAUAUGUCGAGGAGAAAGCACAAAAACGCUGUCCAUUGGACCAAGAAAGCAUUAUGGCAAAAGCGUUGCAGUUAUACGGGAAAUUGAGAGAAGACGAGCCUUCCGCCAGUUCAACGGUUAAAAAGCAAGGAUUUGUUGCCAGCAAGGGAUGGUUCUAUCGGUUCAUCCGUAAACAUUCGAUCAGGAAUGUCCGGAUUAAGGGAGAGAGCGCAUCAGCCGAUGUUGAAGCGGCUAGUACAUACCCCGCCGAGUUCAGGAAACUGAUCGAAGAAGGUGCUUAUCACCCAGAUCAGGUGUUUAAUGCGGACGAAACCGGAUUAUUUUGGAAAAAAAUGCCCAGUCGAACAUAUCUUGCGAAAACCGAAAAAACAGCAGCCGGAUUCAAAGCAGCGAAAGACCGGAUCUCGUUACUCAUGUGUAGUAACGCUUCCGGAGACAAAAUACUUAAGCCUCUAUUGCUGCACAAAUCAAUGCGACCACGUUCCAUGAAGAACAUGAAUUUUAAUCAGCUGCCUGUUCACUGGAUGUCAAAUGCCAAAGCUUGGGUAACCAAGGAAAUUUUCAGAAGAUGGAUUGAUGAAUGCUUUGUGCCCGAAGUUCAGGAAUACCUGGAGGAAAAAGGUUUGGAGUUUAGGGUAAUUCUGGCAAUUGAUAAUGCACCUGGUCAUUGCCAAAUCGAUCAUCCGAACGUUAAAGUGGUGUUUCUUCCGCCGAAUACGACGUCUCUCAUUCAGCCAUUGGAUCAAGGCAUAAUUUCUACUUUCAAGCGCUACUUCAUAAAGUCAUCGUUUCGGUACGUUUUAGACCAGGUAGAUAACGGCAAAGCAAUGAACAUCACCGAGGCUUGGAAAUCUUUCACCAUGCGAGAAUGCGUGGAGUUCAUUGAUGUUGCUCUGCAUCUUUUGAAAAAGUCAACUUUAAAUGCAUGCUGGAAGCGUUUAUGGCCUAGCUGCGUGCAAUCAUCGAUGCCGAAAGAAAACGAAGAAGGCGAAAUUUUGCUCCUUGCCCACGCUAUAGGAGGGGAAGGUUUCGAUGAUUUUGCGAUCAGUGACAUUGAGGAAAUGCUGAAGGAACCAUUUUUCGACGACGAUGAUUUGAUAGACUUCAUCAACGAUUCGACAACAGUGAAUGACGAGGUGGAAGAGAAGUUUAUAGACAGCAAGCUUAAGGAGGGGCUACAGUUGGGAGAAAACCUUGCAGAUUUUUUCGUCACGCACGACCCAUGCAUUGAACGAGCCGUUUCUUUCAGAAACGACAUAAAAUAUUGUCUUCGGCGGUAUGAAGCGUUGGUGAACCAGGAGAAAAAUGAAGAUGAUGAGAAACUUGUUGACGAAGAUCCACAUCCAGUCAUCAACCCUUCCAAACGCAGACGAUGCGGUGUUAUAUAUGAUAGCGAUUGA